AUGCCCGCAACCUCUCAGAACGGUAGCGUAGACAUCCUGGGAGGGCCUUCAUCAGAACCCCGCUCUCGCCGCCGACGACGAAGCGCUCUAGCCGCUCCGUCUUCCAGUUUGCAGGCGACCAAGUGUAGUAACUGCAAUCGCCUGGCGUUUGACUGUCGCUGGCAGUCUCCCGAGCCCGGUGAACAGUACGUCCCACCUCCCAAGCGGCGGCGCACUUUCAUCGACUCUGAUUCGGGGACUGGCGAGGGACACGCGCUGUCUUUGCCCGACGGGUUGGCUGGCGGACAGGUGCAAGCAGGAAGCGACUUGAAUGUCGAAGCAGGACCACACAGUAACGGCGACCUUAUCCCGAUGGAGUCAUCGCCUGUCCUCGACGACGGGCUUGACUUCUUCGGUGCAGCAGGAGAUUUGGGAUGGGUCCCUGGGUUGGACUUUAUCACUCCAAUGCUGUCGUAUGACUUUCCGCCGCUGGACGACUUGCAAUUCGAGUCCACCCCAGUUGCAAGUGGGAGUGGAGCUGAUUCCAACGAGCCGCCCUUGGGCCAACGAGUCGCCGACUCGACAAUGGUGGACACGAACGAGGUCAACACCCCAAGAUUCUUGACUAAUGAACAGACAAUGAAAUCGUUUGCCAAAGUCGAGGACAGGACUCGCGACUCGGACAACCUCUACGUCUCUGCUUUCACCAGAGCUCUCUACCUUCCCGCCCUCUUCCACGCCAUACUGGCGUAUUCGGCAUCGCAUCUGGGUCUAACUGACCCGACCUAUCUGGAAAAAGCAGACGUGCACACGACCGCAGCGACGGACGCCCUCGUCCAAGUGAUCUCGGGUAACGUCGUGAAUAUCGACGUCGAAGGCCUUCUCUCGGCAAUCUUCAUUCUCACCAAACGCGAGCAUAUGACCUGUGGCGAUGGAAGUAUUCAGCGAGUACGAAGUCUGCUGGACGUCGCCGGGGACGUAAUCACGAGUCCGAGGGGUGUGGUAGCCGUGGGCGAAGUCGGCGGCUUUGCGCGGAGGGUAACGCUAAGGCUCGCAUACGUCGAUUGCCGAGCAGCCCUCUUCCGACUUGGUGGGGGCGGGCUUGUCGGUCAGCUGCGGAGCGUACCAACACUUCGAGACUUGUUCGACAGUUCGCCCGCCGGAGACGGGAUGAGCGGAGCGAUUGCGCUCCUUCGCUCCAACCUGUUUCGUUUGCGAGUUUCCGAUAUCGACCAACGACUUCACAACGCUUUAACUGAAGACGUGGUCAGCAGCCGCGGGGUGCGACCAGAUGAAGUCGCGCGCUUGAGAAGCGAGAUUGAAGCGGACCUCCUGAGCGUGGACCUUCAUGACGAAGGUGGGGAUCCAGACGCGGUACACUAUAACCAAUGGGUAGUGACGGCGAGCUACCAUGCGGAUUUACUUUAUCUUAAUUACAUCUGCACACUGCCUGGUUUCAAUCCACAUCCCUCCGUUCUUCGCAUCCUCACCCUUCACAUUGCCGCUCGCGCAGACCCGGUGCGCCGCGGAACGCCCUCGUCCGUUUGGCCGUUUGCCCUUUUCAUGGCCGGUAUUUCCACGACGGACCCGGUUUAUCGAGCGUGGCUUUGCGAUCAUCUCGAACGGAGCGAGCGGUGGGGUACAAACGUUCGUUUGACGCGAGAGCUGCUGCUCGCUGUGGUGGAGAGGCUCAAGAAGGGCCAAGGGUAUGUUGACGUGAAAGAUGUAAUGCAGGAAACGACAGGGGAGUUCAUGUUUUAG